AUGAAGCCCACCAAAGCGUGCCACGAGUGCCGAAGAAGUAAGCGGAAAUGCACCCGCCGAAGCGGCCGAGUAGGAGACUCGUGUGAUCAGUGCCAAGCCAAGAACUUGAAGUGCACAGCUUCGUUGGCCAACGUCCCGUCCCGAACCCAUGCCCUACUGCCAAACUCGAGUCCCACACAGCAUCAGGAACGUUCCAUCGACGUUCCCGUUGACGUCGCUGCUCGCCUUGUUGAUUACUACCUCACCAAGCUUCACAAUCGACCUCAUAGCUUGUUCCACCCAGCUACCCUGAAGAAACAGGUGCAAGAUGGCUCCAUAAAUAAGGCUCUACUGCUCUCUAUCUGCGGUAUGGGUGCCAGAUUCGACCAAGACGACGAGAUUCGCUCUCUGGAAAACAGCUAUAACAACGAGUCCAAGCGCUUGCUUCUGGCUGAUUUAGAAAACAUUUGUAUCGAGAAUGUGCAGACGUGUGUCUUGAUCGCUAAUCUCUAUGCUGCCCAUCUGAACCCUUCUUCUGAAGCCCUAUUCUUCCGCAUAGGCGUCAACUUAUUGCAAAUUAUGGAAGCCGGAACUUCUUCAGCGGCUAGGACAUUGAUAGAUCGCGAGAUAAGGAUAAGGACUUGGUGGACGCUGUACAUGGCUGAUCGCUGGUCAUCUUCCAGUCUUGGACUAGCACCUCAGAUCCGAGACACCGAUCUUGCUGUUGAUCUUCCAAUGCACGAGCCUAUCUUUGAGUCUCUCUCUCCAGACGAGACCAAGCUGAAUAUCCCAUGGCAGCCAGGACUUUGGGCGCACAAGAUUUCUUUAGUUCGCCUGUUUGGACCAAUUAAGGAUCUUAACCAUCGCAGUGUCUAUGGAAACAUCGACCAUGACGAAAUCGAGUCGACUGUCGCGUCCCUCUCCAAAUUGCUAGACGACUGGGAGUGGACAAUCCCCCCGAAUGUCAGGCUGAGUACAGAGAAUCUUGAGCGAUACAUCGAAGUAGGUCAUGGCGGCGCCUUUAUUGCUCUCCACUUGGGCUAUCACCACUACGCCACGCUGCUAUACUUUCGAUUCCUCGAGCCCGCGGCAUCAUCAUCACCCCUGGCGGCGAUAUAUCGUGCCAAGUGCAAGUUCCACGCUUCGUCAUACAGCGAUCUGAUAAAACUAUCUCGUCAGAAAGGAAAUUGCGAAGUCGUCUACCCAACUGUCGGUCACAUGGCAGUAGUAUCCUCGUCGGUUCUACUCCAUACGCUUUUGUUCAGUGUGGACAAAGAUGUCCAGCCUGCUCGAGAUGCCCUCAAAUCAAACUUUGAGGCGAUCCUUGAACUGCGACGUUACUGGCCAAACACCGAAUCCAUGAUCCACCGACUCGUUACGUUUCAAAAUUAUUGCCUACUCUCCAAUGAUUACAGAACACAUACACUGGACGGGUGGAUGUUACGUUUCUUGAUACAGUACUCACUUCCUCUUGGUGCGAAAGAGGUUGCACCAGUGACAUCGGGCAUGGAUCUUGACAUGGACAAUUUUUCAGCUCGUACUCAAGCGGUGACUGAACAGGGCAGAUACACUGCAUUUGAUAUUGAGGAUUUGAUGUUGGAUGACAUAGACAUGUAUCAUGUCGACGGAAGUGCUCCCAACUACGAGAUGAAAAAAUCAUAG